AUGGAGCAGGCUGCAACUACUACUGUUACCACCGGAAGCGCAAAAACACAAACACCACCGACAACGGGUGCACCACCAUCGUGCCUGCAGCAGCAGCAGCAGCAAGGCACCACCACGAAUGGUUCGUCAAAAGGACACCGGACGUCCCGGGCGAGCAACAAACAAUCGAUACUGGUGAACGGGCGGGCCAAGACGAAUGUGGCCGCCCGGCACCAGAAUCACUUCCACCAUCAUCUGCAUCACCCGCAUCAACAGCAUCAGCCGCCCUGUUCGACAGCUCAACACCAGCAGCAGCAGCAAAUCCAACAACCGCCGCUCAAGCACUAUCACAUUCCGCUGCAGGAUACGUACCACUCGCAGCAGCCGCUGCAACCGCUCCACCUGUCCACGCUACGGCUCGGUCAGGGGUCCUGCUACGCACCGCCGCCGCCACCGCCACUGCCGACCGCAAAGCUGGCGCCACCCCAAACACUGUCGCUCGCAUUGCCACCGUGCAAUGGCACCUACCUGGGGCAGCUGUCCGCUUCCUCCUCAACCUCGUCCUCGCAUCAGCAUCACCAUCACCAUCACCAUCAUCAUCAUCACCAUCUGCAGCCAUCGGGCCGCAUAGCUACGAUUUCAUCUCCAAUGUCACCGCCCGGUUCCUGCUGCGGUGCCGUUACCCGGCCGAACGAACUGAACUGCUGCCCGAUGGGUACGGUAGAUCCGUCGCAGCAGCUACGUGCGGCACCGCAGUCCGACGUUCCUACACCGACACUGGUCAAGGUGAAGGCAUGGUACACGGUCACCAAACAGGGCCUAACCUAUUGAGAGGCGUAACUAUCGGCG